AUGAUUGCUUUGCUCCUGUUUUUCCUGGGACUUUUCGGCAUGAGCCAGGUGAAGGGAGACUACGACUACGCUUCGGCGAUACGACUCAGCUUCAAGUUCUACGAAGCGCAAAGAGCAGGCCAGUUACCCGACAAUCAUAUCCCUUGGAGAAAGAGUUCUUUCCUCAAAGACGGAAGCGACAAAGGAAUCAACUUGGUCGGUGGAUACUUCGACGCCGGAGACUACGUGAAAUUCGGUUUCCCGAUGGCAUAUACUACCACCGUCCUGGCCUGGGGAAUGGUCGAAUACGCGAAUGCCUACAACAAGGCCGGCCUUGCGGCGGCAGGGAGAGCUCAACUGCGAUGGGCCACCGAUUAUUUCAUCAAGGUACUUCCGAGAAUUUUCAAAGACGAAUUCAUAACUCGAGUUUCUUGUCCAAACGCUCACCCAUCGGCAAAGAAGCUCUUCGGUCAGGUCGGGAAUGGAAAAAUCGAUCAUUCGUAUUGGGGUCGCCCAGAGGAUUGGCCGUCGAACAAACAACGCCCCUCGUAUUUCAUCGACCAGAACUCUCCAGGAUCGGACUUGGCGGCAGAAACGGCAGCAGCCAUGGCAGCCAGCUCCAUUGUAUUCAGGGGGAACGACGAUAACUAUGCGAACACCCUCCUUCGUCAUGCGAGGGAACUCUAUGCCUUCGCCAAUCAGAAUCGAGGCCUCUACUCCAAAUCCAUCACUGAUGCUAAGGAGUAUUAUCCAACAGGGUCCUCGGAUAAGAUUCGGGAUCCUGGACGUUUCAGGUCGAGUAAUUACGAGGACGAACUAGCAUGGGCGGCAGCAUGGUUGUAUCGGGCGACCCGAGAAGCGUCUUAUCUGAAAGACGCCGAGAAUAAAUAUGUUGAAUUUGGGCUGAACGACCGGCCAUCGGAGUUCUCUUGGGACGACAAGAAUGCAGGCGUUCAAGUACGUGCUUUUCUCUCGUGUUCUCGAUUCGACGCCGAAACAGUACUUCUCGCGGUGUUGACCGGGAAGGCGAAAUACAAGACGGCAGUUAAAACCUUUUGCGACUACAUGGUGUAUGGGGUGAAGAGGACUCCGAAAGGUCUCGUCUUCAUUAGCGAGUGGGGAGUACUUCGUCACGCAGCUAAUGUCGCCUACGUCUGCCUCGUGGCAGCUGACAAACUGGCGAUAAACCAGGCGACUUAUCGAAAUUUUGCGAAGCAGCAGAUCGGUUACAUGUUGGGAGACACCGGUUACAGCUAUGUGAUUGGAUUCGGCAAAAAUUACCCUCGACGCCCUCACCAUACCUCUAGUUCUUGUCCGACAGUCCAGGCGUGCGGUGGAUGUCAAUGCAAUUGGAGUUAUUAUAGCUCUCCGAGUCCAAAUCCGAAUCUGCUCGAAGGGGCUCUCGUCGGCGGGCCGGAUGACCGAGAUCGUUUCAAGGACGAUCGUCAGGAUUACAUCAAGUGCGAGGUUACCCUCGACUAUAAUGCUGGCUUUCAAGGAGCUCUUGCCGGCCUCCUCAAUGCUCGCAUUUGAUGGACAGCGUCCGAGAUGGAAUAAAAUGCAUAUCAGAAUGAA